AUGUCCAAGGGAGAAACUCACCAAGCCCAUUAUGACAAAUUGAUGGAGAUUUUUACAGGAUAUAAUGAUGCCUCUGAUGCUUUGUACCGGCUGAAAACAAAUGACGAAGAAAAAUUAAACGCAAUUUACAACAAAAUCAAACAAAACCUGAUUGACUCUUAUCGAAUUCCGCCUGGUGAGAUUAUCAAUAAAAUAUCUCAACUUUCAAUUUAUAACAACUGCUUCAUGAAGUCAUAUUUAGCGGUUGUCAAACAAAUUGUUGACGAAUUCCAUCUAAAUCAGGUCAACAAAAUCAACGACGUUUUUAAUUACCUUUUCUACAAAGAAUACAAUAUAGUCUUGAAUGAAAAUGGGAGAAUUUUUUUUAACGAAUUUGAAGAUUCUCAUUAUUCAUCUGAUAUUCACGAACAAAAUACAAUUCACAGAUCUAUUAUGUAUGAUGACAAAAUAUCAUUUAUAAAUUUUACAGAAAGAGAAGGAUUUGAUAAAAAUCAAAAAUUAAAAAGUGAUUUAUAUCCAUAUUCAGAUGAAGGUAUUUCGUUACUUGAAUUAUGUUGUUAUCAUGGAUCUGUUGAUUGUUUUAAGAUCUUAAUAACGAAAUUUCAAUCAGAAAUCACUCCAGAUUGUCUUAGAUAUUCUUUUUUGAGCGGAAAUCCAGACAUUAUGAAUGAAUGCUUGAAAGUACAAAAACCAGAUUAUGAAUGCAUGAAAUAUGCAAUAAUAUCACACAAUAUCGAUUUUGUCACAUUUUUGAUGAAUGAACACAAUAUAAAAAUUGAUUUAGAAUUGUGCUCUAAAUACAAUAAUCUUCAAUCAUUUUUAGUUUACUUAGAUCAAACAAAUGAUAUCAACACAUGUUUUGUUCAUUCUCCUAAUUUCCAUCUUUCAUCACUUUUAGAAUAUUUUAUUUCAAAUGGUGCAGAUAUCAAUGCUAAAGACAAAUAUGGAUGUACCCCUCUUCAUUAUACAGCCAGUAAUAAUUGGAAAGAAACUGCAGAAAUUCUUAUUUCAAAUGGUGCAGAUAUCAAUGCUGAAGGCAAAUAUGGAUGUACCCCUCUUCAUUAUACAGCCAGUAAUAAUAGUAAAGAAACCGCAGAAAUUCUUAUUUCAAAUGGUGCAGAUAUCAAUGCUAAAACUGAAAUCGGAUUUACCCCUCUUCAUCUAGCAGCCAGAGAAAAUAGCAAAGAAACCGCAGAAAUUCUUAUUUCAAAUGGUGCAGAUAUCAAUGCUAAAGAUAAAGAUGGAUUUACCCCUCUUCAUUAUGCAGCCAAAGAAAAUAGCAAAGAAACUGCAGAAAUUCUUAUUUCAAAUGGUGCAGAUAUCAAUGCUGGAGGCAAAUAUGGAUUUACCCCUCUUCAUUAUGCAGCCGAUUAUAAUAAGAAAGAAAUUGCAGAAAUUCUUAUUUCAAAUGGUGCAGAUAUCAAUGCUAAAAACAAAACUGGAUUUACCCCUCUUCAUCUAGCAGCCAGAGAAAAUAGCAAAGAAACCGCAGAAAUUCUUAUUUCAAAUGGUGCAGAUAUCAAUGCUAAAACUGAAAUCGGAUUUACCCCCUCUUCAUUAUGCAGCCAGAGAAAAUAG